AAUAGACGCCGAAGUACAAGUAUUCUUCUCGAAUUAGGACAGAACAUUCCCGUUGCAUAGUAUUGUGAGAGAUUCAUGGUCGUGUCCUUAAUUCAAACUUGAAAACUUGCACCCCUUCACAAAAUUCCACAAGUCUCAGUCACUCCCAAUGCUGGUUUCAACGCUGAAACCAUGGUGGAGUUGGAUGCAAAAGCCUCUACUCCACUCCUUCAUCAGAGCCAUAACAACUCUUACACCAAUACCUCCACACACUUUUCUUCACCUUCACAACCCCAGCGACAGUGUCAUCUACCUCAAGAACCGCGAAAUCGACGCUUUCAUAAAACUUAGAAACCUGAACGCUGCACUCGCAGUGUUCCACACCACGCCACUGCGCGACACUGUCACCUACAACUUAAUUAUUUCCGCGUUCCGAAACCAACCAAAUCACGCUCUUCGUUUCUACGCUGAAAUGGGUUUGCGUGGAAUAAGAGAAAGCCCAACCACGUUAACCUCUGUUAUAGCGGUUUGCACCAACGCUAUGUUUUUCAAAGAGGGUGUUCAGGUGCAUUGCAGGGUGAUCAAGUUCGGGUUUACAUGCAACGUGUUCGUGGGUGGUGCACUUGUUGGGUUUUACGCGCACGUGGGGGAAUGUGGGGUGGCACUGGACUUGUUUGAUGAGUUGCCAGAGAGAAACUUGGCUGUCUGGAACGUCAUGCUGCGUGGGUUGUGUGAACUGGAUCGUGUAAAUGUUGAAGACUUGAUGGGAUUUUAUUACCCUCGGAUGCUUUUUGAAGGUGUGCAGCCAAAUGGGGUUACGUUUUGUUAUUUGCUUAGAGGCUGUGGUAAUCAGAGACGGUUGGAGGAAGGGAAGAAGAUUCAAGGGUGCGUUUUGAAGAUGGGUUUGGUGGAAUCGAGUGUUUUUGUUGCCAAUGCUCUGGUGGAUUUUUACUCUGCGUGUGGGUGUUUUGUUGGUGCAAGGAAGUGUUUUGAGGACAUAGAAAACGAGGAUGUUAUUUCGUGGAACUCGUUGGUUACGGUUUAUGCGGAGAAUAAUAUGUUAAUUGAGGCUUUGGAGGUGUUUUGUGUCAUGCAAGUGUGGAGGAAAAGGCCAUCAAUUCGUUCUUUGGUGGGUUUGUUGAAAUUGUGCAGUAGAAGUGGAGAGCAUUGUUUGGGGAAGCAGGUUCAUUGUCAUGUGAUGAAGUUUGGUUUUGAUGAAGGGAGUGUGCAUGUUCAAUCUGCUUUGAUUGAUAUGUAUGGAAAGUGCAUGGACAUUGAGAGUUCUGUGAAUGUAUUUGAAUGCAUUCCCAAGAGAACUUUGGAUUGCUUCAACUCAUUGAUGACCUCUUUGUCUUAUUGUGAUGCGGUUGAUGAUGUGGUUGAAUUGUUUGGUUUGAUGUUUGACGAGGGUCUUGUGCCGGAUGGAGUUACCUUAUCAACCACACUGAGGGCAUUGUCAGUGUCCACUUUAGCAAGUUUUACGAGUUCCCAGUUACUACAUUGUUAUGCAUUAAAAUCUGGACUUGGAGGAGAUGCUGCAGUUGCAUGUUCCCUCGUGGAUUCAUAUUCAAGAUGGGGCCAUGUGGAGCUUUCUCGUCGAAUUUUUGAGAGUCUUCCUUCCCCAAAUGCUAUUUGCUUCACAUCCAUGAUCAAUGCAUAUGCCCGAAAUGGAGCGGGGAAAGAAGGAAUUGCAGUGCUUCAAGCUAUGAUUGAGAGGGGACUAAAGCCUGAUGAUGUUACCUUAUUAUGUGCACUAAAUGGUUGUAACCACACAGGAUUAGUUGAGGAAGGAAGAUUAGUCUUUGAAUCGAUGAAAUUUCUUCAUGGGGUCGAUCCAGAUCACCGCCAUUUUUCAUGCAUGGUGGAUCUCUUUUGCCGUGCAGGACUUCUACAUGAAGCUGAAGAGUUGCUGCUACAGGCACCGGGAAAAGGAGACUGUUUUAUGUGGAGCUCUUUGCUGAGAAGUUGCAGGGUCCACAAGAAUGAAGAGGUUGGAACAAGAGCAGCACAAGUGUUAGUUGAGCUAGAUCCAGAUGACCCUGCAGUGUGGUUGCAAGCUUCAAUUUUUUAUGCUGAAAUAGGGAAUUUUGAUGCAUCAAGGCAAAUCAGAGAGGUUGCUCUAUCAAGGAAGAUGACUAGGGAAAUUGGUCAUAGUUUAACUGAGAUAAGACAAUGACAGGGGAAAAUAGAGUUCCUGAAUUGAUGAAGCAUUUUCGCCCAUUAUUCACAGAAGAUAAGACAAUCAUGUCAUUUUGAUGAGAUGAUGAAGAUGUUUCCUAAGAUGGUAAGGUCUUGUCUAUUUGGGCAAUCCUACAAUCUAAGGGAAAGGUUUCUUUUGUAAGGAGUUUUUGGUGAGCAUGCCUAGAAAAUGAGGGUCGGCAUUUGUAUUCCCAUGUUUGGUGUAACUAACUGACAUCUUCUAAAGAUAGAAAAAUAAUUUUUCUCCCUUUUAUGUAUCACAUGGUAUUAUGCCUCUAUACUAGUGCAAUUUGAGAUAUAGAGUGGAAUAUGCAAAAAGACUCUCAGAGAUUAUACAUCAUUCACUUCUCUUUCAGGGCGGCGAAGUGGAGAUAGUGCAACGGUGACUAUUACUUGUGACUUUUGUAAUUGGUUGAUGAGUAAAGCAAAAUACUACAAAAAUAUU